AUGGAGGUCGACCAGCCUGACGUUGAUCAUGCUGAACAAUUGGAGACAGUAGACGUGCAGCCUGAGCUCGAGGAGGACCUAAUCAAGCUCGCGGAGAAGGUCAAGGAAAAGGGCAAUACCGCUUUCAGAUCGAAGCGAUUUACGGAUGCCAUAGAAUCAUAUUCUAGGGCUAUCGUGUUAAAUCCCGCAGAGCCGACGUAUCUCACAAAUCGAGCUGCGGCCUACAUGGCCCUGAAGAAAUUCAAGCUUGCUCUCUCGGACUGCCAACAAGCGGCCAAUCUUCAAUCAGAAUCUCCGUCAGCGAAGACACUGAUCCGUCUAGCUCGUUGUCAGCUAUCCACUGGGUCGACAACACCAGCUCUGUCGACUCUUCGCGCUGUGCUUGAUCUCGAGCCUAACAAUACGGCAGCGUUGCAACUGCAAAAGAAGGUUCUCGAACUGGAGGCGCAUCUACGGAACUUUCAGGGCGCAAAGAGCAGGCAGGACUGGGCGAUGGCGCGGCUUGCGCUGGACAAGUGCGUGCAGGCCAUCGAAGCGGAAGGAGGAGAUAUACCAAUACAGUGGAAAUUGGGACGAAUUGAGCUUGAGCUGGCACGGAAAAACUGGGAUGCGGCUGGCGUCGCGGCCAGUGAAGCACUGCGCCUGGAGCCCACCUCACCAGAUGUACUGGCCCUCCGAGGGUUGGUCCUCUUCCUGACUGCAAAGACCGCGCAGGCACUACAGCAUGUGCAGUCUGCUCUGCGUCUGGACCCCGGACACGAAGUCGCUCAACGAUUACGGAAGCGGAUUAAGGACGUUGAACGAUUGAAGGAGGAGGGCAACGUUGCCUUCAAGGCCGGCCGCUUGCAGGAAGCCACCGAAAGGUAUUCCGAGGCGCUUGAUCGCAUCGGUGAGGAGGAUAAGGAAGGGAACGGUGGACAGAUCCGCGCUAUCCUCCUGUCGAACCGCGCCACGACACUAGUGAAGCUCGAGCAAUACGAAGAGGCUCUUCAAGACACCGAAGAAUCUCUUCGCUUAUACCCUGCAUCGUUCAAAGCGCUCCGUACGCGCGCUCGCAUCAAUUUGCAUUUGGAAAAAUACGACACCGCGAUAGCCGACUUCAAGUCGGCCAUCGAGCAGGCCGAGUUCGAAGGCAACGAUGCGGACGUGAAAGCAUUGCGGUCUGAGCUCAAGAAGGCCGAGCUGGCGCUCAAACGGAGCAAAUCAAAGGACUACUACAAAAUCCUCGGUGUUUCGAAGGAAGCGACGGAGGUGGAGAUUAAGAAGGCCUACAGGCGGGAGAGUCUCAAGCACCAUCCAGACAAGGGCGGUGAAGAGGAGAAGUUCAAGCUCGUCGUUGAGGCACACUCUGUGCUGUCGGAUCCGCACCGCCGGCAGCGUUACGACAUGGGCGAUGACGAAGAUGUGAUGGACUCGAUGGGCGGUAUGAACGGCAUGCACGGCAUGGACCUGAACGAUAUCUUUGCGCAGUUUGGCGGUGGAGGAUUUGCUUUCAGAAGCGGUGGCGGUGGGUUCAGCAGCAAUUAUAGCGGAGGGUACGGACAGUAUGGGUUUUGA